UUAUAAAUAUUCGUACAGAGUACCAUUGGAGAACCCAUGUACCACACACUGUAUGAAACCUUCGCUGUGGUGGAUGAAAUAUAUGACAAAGGCUUCCACUUCCACUCUGCUGUGGCAGCCAUGUGGGGGGACCUCGCUGUGGUGCUCUCGGAGUCUAAGGUGCUCCCGUUUUCUUUGGUCUCAUACGCGGCCUUUAUCAAGAGAGCCCAGGACCAUAUCGCCCAGCGCUAUGGGGAUCUUAUCCGUUCGCAAAAUAUUACGCUAAAGUACUUUACUGAUGCUGGACAGACGUUCAAUACGAGUGCUUUUAUCUUCAAUAAGGCGCUGGAAUCUCUAGACCUGAAAAGUCCUCUGGUUGUUCGUCGUGUCAAUGACCAGUUGAUGAUGGUAGAAAGAUCAUUCAUUGACCCCCGCGGCCUUCCUAAACAACCUGAGUUGAACCAUGUGAUAACUGCUCCCAGCAAGAACGAUGCAUAUUCAAGUACAGCAUUUGCUGGAUUAGUUGAUACACUCGCCGAUAUUGAAGAGGCAGCAGAGGAGGAUCGGCAGCAUCUGUGGAGAACCUUUGCUGAACACCUGGCAGCUGUCACCCACCUGCUUGAAACAGCUGCUAAAGUUCUCUCCGGUGAUCUCUGGUAGAAGAGAUUCCCAAAUGAAAGCUUUUGAUUACAUUUUGCAGCUGUCCACCCACCUGUUUGAUACAGCUGUCACCCACCUGCUUGAUACAAUUGUCACCCACCUGCUUGAGUCAGUUGUCACCCAUCUGCUUGAUACGGCUGUCAUCCACCUGCUUGAUACAGCUGUAACCCACCUGCUUGAUACAGUUGUCACUCACCUGCUUCAUACAGUUGUCACCCACCUGCUUCAUACAACUGUCACCCACAUGCUUGAAACAGCUGCUAAAGUUCUCUCCGAUGAUCUCUGGUAGAAGAGAUUCCCAAAUGAAAGUUUCUAUGAUGUUUUAUAAUCUGAGGAAAUGCCAGAUUAGAGUAUAUUGCUAAAUAUUACCUAGAAUAAACUACUUAUAAACUGAAGUCUGAACGUUAGAGAUAU